UGAUUUCUAAGCCGAUAACCAGUUGCAUGUUGUAUAUAAAAGUCAUUGAAGUCAAGACGGCAAAAUGUAUUCUCCGACGACUCCGGUUACCUCACGCAGUGGCUAUCUGCGUGGUCGCAAGCGCAUAAACCCGCAUCCCAUAUCGCAGCUGCGUAAGAAACCGAUGUCGAAAAACGACGAAAAGAUUGAAAAUGUGGAUCCAGAAGACUCUAGCAUCGAUCUGAAAAGUUCCCACUACUCAAAGGGGGCGGACACGUCGACGGAAUUGGAAUCGCAAGGUACUAGCACGGAUAGUGGUCUGGAAACUAGCCAGGACAUCGGCAACGAAUCGCACUAUUCCCUUCGCAAGGCGGCUAAGGAUCCUUUCUAGUGGUUUAUUCAACUGAAUGGUGUACAUAGGUGUGAAGGAACAGCAGCAGCAGUGGCAUCGGGAAAUACUUAAGCACGAGCGAAACAUUAAUACUACGGAACAUUGCGGGCAUUGAGAUACUCGGUAACGAAUUGAAAUAAAGAGAUAUCCA